CUCAGAACUCCACCUGUCCUCAGAGCUCCACCUGUCCUGCCGCUGUGAUGCCGCCUCCCUCCAGCAGGGGUCGCUGUCUUCUCUCACCGCUCCGCUCUCGUCUCUGCGCUUCGCUCUCGUCGUCGACGCGGAACUCGGAGUGUUUACCUCCCCGCUGGCUCUCUUUGUUCUGGAGCCUCCGAGUGCGGAGAAGCCGCAGAAUGUGCGCCGUGCGGCUGCUGCGGGUGUCGGUCCAUGAGCGGAUCAGCGCCGCCGCCGAAGACUUUCUGCUGCAGCUGGAAAAAGGAGAAGAAGCGGCGGAGCUCCCGGCGCUGAGAGCGCUGCUCACCGAGCGGCUAACGGCGGCUGCGGAGGAGAUCGUCGGUCUGUUGGAGGAAACCGUGGCGGAGUACGAAGACCGAGUGGAGCGGUCGGAGCGGGAGAUCUGCCGCCAGAGGAGGCUGCUCGAUGCCGUGCUGAAGCCCGAAGUCCGGCUGCACCGAGCAGGUCAGUCCCCGGUAGCUGCCGCCGGAGACAGCCGAGCGGAGCCGAGCGCAGUCACACCGGGAGACACUGAGGUGACAGGUAGAGAGGGGCGGAGCUACCAACACCUGGACUCAGAGUCUCUGCAGUCGGUGAGUGACCCGAACCUCCAUCCUCCGCUUGACCCUGCAGACCUGAUCGACCAGGACGUCAGCGAUGUGUCCGUGCCGCCCUCGCCAUCUUACCAGCCACCGGUGUCCGGCAGCAGCGACGGAGACCCGGACAGCGACUGGGCCGAACAGAACCGGGCGCUCGGCUCUCAGAGGAGGAAGAAGAGAGGGCGGCCGCCGCUCGCCACCAACAAACGGAAACGUUCGAGUCCUGCUCAGCUGUUCAGCUGCUACGUGUGUGGCCGCUCUCUGCAGGGAAAAGGCUUCCUGCUCAAACACGUGCUGCACGCCUGCGCCAACAACCCGGACUACCGCUGCGGCUACUGCGGCGAUUGUUUGGACUCGGAGAACAACCUGAGAGCUCACAUUCAGGAACACCAGCUGAACAGCAAGACAUGCUCAUUCUGCGGGAAAACCUUCCACUCCAUUCUGGCACAAGAGCUGCACGUGCGGCUGCACACCGGCGAGAAGCCACACAGCUGCCACGUCUGUGGCAAGAAGUUCAGCCAGAAGGGCAACCUGACAUCGCACCUGCGUGUGCACGCCGCCGAGAAGCCCUUCAAAUGCAAAGAAUGCAGCCGAGCCUUCUGUCACAUGACCUCGCUGGAGCGCCACAUGGAGGAGCACAGUGGUGCAGCGGUGCAUUCGUGUAGUGUCUGCGGUCAGGAAUUCAGCAAGCGUCACAGCCUGCGGCGGCACAUCGUGACUCAUCGGAAGGACGUCAUCCCCAAAUCGAAGAGGUACCGCGGCCCGGCGCCAUCGUACUGCUGUAAGGUUUGCGGUGUCGCCUUUGACAGGAAGAGCUUCCUGGUGAAACACGUGGAGACACACCUGCAGGACGCUGAGCGCUGCUGCGGACUUUGCGGACACCAGUAUGAAUCAGCCGACAGCCUUGCUGUGCACCUGCGCUCCCACCGUGACACUGGCAGUACCUGCGACACGUGUGGAAAGUGCUUUCCGGGUCACUCAGCGCUGCUGAUGCACCUGCGGAUCCACACAGGUGAGAAACCCUACACCUGCAGCUACUGUGGGAAGGCUUUCAACCAGAGCGGCAACCUGAAAACACACCUGAAGAUUCACACCGGUGAGCGGGCUUUCUCCUGCAGCCUCUGUGGGAAAGGCUUCACACAGAAACAGACGCUCGACACACACGUCCGCUUUCACAACAAGGAGCGACGUUACCUGUGCCAGGUGUGCGGGAAAGGCUUCAUGCAGGACGUGGACCUGAAGAGACACAUGCUUAUCCACACUGGUGAGAAACCAUAUGGCUGCCGCGUCUGCGGGAAAAGCUUUCAGGCGCGACGCUCGCUCAACGGGCACCUGAAGGUUCACGCCGCCGGAGCAGUCGGCGCUGCUGCAGAGGACGAGGUGGAGCCGGUGGAUGGAUUCUACUCAGGAUUCAUCCAGUUGGGGCAGCCUCCAGCCUCCUCCGGCUCACUGGCAGCUCUUUCACCCGGACAGACCGAGUCCGGCCGGGCUGUUUUCCUUCCUCCUGGUCCGCGGACGGAGAUCUGUACCGGAAUGUCGGAGGCAGAAGGUUCGUCGCGCUGCGGGCUCCGGGCCCUGGCGGAUUCGGUGUCGGAGCAGCUGUCCCGGGUCGGGGAGGAGGUGUUGUCCCUGCUGGAGAAGCGCAGCGGCGGCUCCGGCUGCCCCGGAGCUCCGCUCCGGCUGCUGCAGCUGCUGCGACGGCUGCUCAGCGAGCGGUUGGCGGCGGCGGCGCAGCGGAUCGUGGAGCUGCUGGAGCGGGAGGUGGAGGAGUACCGGCGGCAGCUGGAGCGGCAGGGCCGGCUACUGGAGGCGGUGCUGAGCCCAGUGGUCCGACUGACCCGGACAGACUCGUCUCCUCUCAGGACAACCGCUGCUGUUGGUGACCUGCCAACAGACUCCACCCACCUGUCCAUGGCCCCGCUAAGCUCCACCUCCUCUGAAGUCUCUUCUGCCGAGAGCGACGCUGACUGGAGGGCUGGUGACAUGUCCGACAGUAAAAUGACAGACAGGACGGGUGGAGGACGGCGCUUUAGCCAACAACAGGCGACACCAUUGGACCGGCCAGAGAGCCAGCAUUGCUUCAUCUGCGGGAAGACGUUCCGCCUCAGAGGGAAUCUGCUGAAACACGUGGAGACGCACUCAGACGACCCACAGCAUCUUUGUGGAGUCUGUGGACAACAUGUAGAGUCCUUGGACGAUUUAUCGGACCACCUCAGGUCUCACAGAGAAACCAGCGGCGGCACCUGCAACGUCUGCGGAAAGAAGUUUCAGAACAUGGAGACGCACAUGCGCAGUCACACUGGCAUCAAACCGUUCAGCUGCGACGUCUGUGGCAAACGUUUCCCUCGACCGGGAGCUCUGCGGCGCCACAAGAAGAUCCACAGCAGGGCGGAGCCACUGCACCUGAGGACAGAUGGAGGACAGACGGAGGAGGAUGACAGCAGCGAGGACGGCCAGUUGGAGACACUGCAGCCACGUAGAGAUGGAGGACAUGUGUCCGGCCAGCCGGCGGCCACGCUCUGCUGCAGAGUCUGCGGUGAUUCCUUCCACAGCCGCGGCUUCCUGAGGAAACAUGCUGAGACGCACUGCAGGGAUGCCGCCAGCGUCUGCGGCGUCUGCAGCAAGCAGUUCGACUCACCUGACGAUCUGCUGACUCACCUGCAGUCUCACAGAGAGACUGGCGGCACCUGUAGCAUCUGCGGGAAGAAGUUUCAGAACAUGGAGACGCACAUGCGCAGUCACACUGGUGUCAAACCAUACUGCUGUGGCAUCUGUGCCAAACGCUUCCCCCGACCUGGAGCACUCAGGCGCCACAAGAAGAUUCAUAGUGGUGAGCGGCCACAUGUCUGCCAGUACUGUGGCAAGACCUUCAUCGAGAGCAGCGCCCUGAAAAUGCACAGUCGCAGUCACUCGUGGGAGGUCCAGGACGGUGACAACCUCAUGCCUGCAGCAGAUGCUCAGAGCCUGGUGUCCGAGGCAGAGGACAGCAGGAUACCGGCUCUGGCACUGUCCUGUUGUAAAGUCUGCGGCGAAGCAUUUCAGAGUAACGGUGGUCUGAGGAAACACGCAAAGAGCCACUCAGCCGAGUCUGUCUGUGGUAUCUGCGGUGAAAACCUGCAGCCGUCACAAAUGCUGACGGACCAUCUGCAGACCCACCGAGAUGCUGGGAAGAUCUGCCACAUCUGCGGCAAAACCUACCAGAACAUUGAAACCCACAUGCGCAGCCACACUGGCGUCAAACCGUACCGAUGUGUCAUCUGUGGGAAGAGCUUCCCGCGGCCUGGUGCGCUGCGGCGCCACAAGAGGAUCCACAGUGGUGAGCGACCGUACAUCUGCGAGUUCUGUGGGAAGACAUUCAUUGAUAAUGGCGCUCUGAUGACGCACAUCAGGAACCACACCGGAGACAAACCUGCAAACCGUGUGUCCUGUGACACCUGUGGCAAGAGCCUAGCCUCGGUCCACGUCCUUGAGGUACACAAGAGGAUUCACACUGGCGAAAAGCCCUUCCAGUGUCGCGUCUGUGGAAAAGCCUUCAGGCAGGUAGGAGGGCUGAAUGCUCACAUGCUGACACAUACCGGUGAGAAGCCGUUUGGCUGCAGUGUCUGUGGCAAGAGCUUCAGUACCAAAGGUUACCUGGAGACACACUUACGCUUCCACCGCAAGGAGCGCCCUUUCAGCUGCCCGCUGUGCUGGAAGGCCUUUGUCACUAAGAACGACCUGAAGAAACACCUGCUGACGCACAGUGGUGAGAAACCGUACGGCUGUCGCAUCUGCGGGAAGAGCUACCAGGAGAAACGCUCCCGAGACGUCCACAUGAAGGUCCACCUGGACAUCUGCAGUAACAAGGAGCCAAUCAGAGGGCAGGACACCGUGCAGACGGACUUUAUCCAGCUGUAGAGCCACAGUGUGUAAAACCAGCUUUUACUGGUUCUACAAAUUGGUGAUCAGAAACUAGUUGACUGGACACUAAACAGAUUCGGACAGAGUGACCAAAUAAAUCCAAAUACAAUCAAAA